UCAAUCUUUUCUCAGAUGUUGUUAGUGACAAAACAUUUUUUGUUUUCUUUAGAUCUUAAACAAGAUAAAGUUAAAGUGAGCAAUAAAAAUAGUUGUGAUAAUUAUGAAUUCUGAUAUAUUAACAACUCUCAAAAUUUUAAUUAUCGGAGAGAGUGGAGUUGGAAAAUCUUCAUUACUUCUUCGUUUUACAGACGACACUUUUGAUCCUGAUAUUGGAGCCACGAUUGGUGUAGAUUUCAAAGUAAAAACCAUUGAUAUUGAUGGGAACAAAAUGAAGCUAGCACUUUGGGACACAGCAGGUCAGGAACGUUUUCGUACAUUGACACCAAGCUAUUACCGUGGUGCGCAAGGUGUAAUUUUAGUGUACGAUGUGUCUGUGGCACAAACUUUUGAGAAACUAGAAGACUGGCUAACAGAAUGUGAAACAUAUGCUACAAAACAAGACAUCAUAAAAAUGCUUGUAGCAAACAAAAUUGAUAAACCUGGCCGUCAAAUAACAAGACACGAGGGGCUGCAGUUUGCAAAAAAACAUUCCAUGUUAUUUAUUGAGGCGAGUGCUAAAACAAAGGACGGUGUUGAAUGUGCGUUUGAGGAACUUGUGGAAAAAAUCAUACAAACUCCCGGACUUUGGGAACAUGAUACCAAAAGCAGUGGUAGCAUCGGCUUAACAAACCAGGCAGGGGUGUCUGGACAGGGUGGGUGUGGAUGUUAGCAAAGAGGAUUUUUUUUGUUUAAACAAAGCAUGUUUUCUUUCAUAUAGUGUGCACUUUAUUAACUAGUAUAUAAGCAACUACUAACUGUAGUGCAGCACCACAUUUAUCUUUUUUUAAAUGCUGAUUAAAAAGAGCUAAAAGGAGAUAUUGUGUAUGUGAAAAAAUACAUGUACCAGGGUAUGUAUGUUUCCAAGAUACAUGUCAAUAGCAAAAGGCAAUGUUCAGAAAGAUCCUCAACAUUAAUUACUUCUUGUGCUGAUAUUAAAAAAAAUACCCCAAUGCCUUUAACUUCAUUAAAAACCUAUGUAUCAUUUAAAAUUUUGAUAUGCAUAGUUGAAUCUCAUAAUCAUAUACACGAACAUGUAAAAUUGAAAACAUCCAUGAUAUAUAUACCAAUGCAAUGUUAGUACCACUCAAAUUUAAUUUCAGUGUUUGCUUAUAUAAUGUUUGAUUGUUUUUGAUAAAAAGCAUUUCUUGAAUUUACAAUUUCUUGCCCUUGUGUAUUUUCGAAACUGUCUUAUUUUACUAGCUAACCAAAUAUAAUGCUGGUUUUUGGUUUUUUCUUGCAUUUAUCAUUAUAAACUAUUUUUAAACUAUACGGGUUCAGAGAAAAUACGGAAUUCAAACAAAAAUACAAUAGCUUGAAAACAGAAAUGUUUUAUGUGUUUUCAUCUGUUUUUCAACAACAGCAGACACCAUGUUUUCCCUUUUUUUAUUGAAACUAUCAAAUUAAGCUGAUUAAAAGAGCUGUGAAUAAUUUUCAGUAUGUAUAUACGUUAGGUGAUGUUACAUCAAUAGUCAUUUUUUUCUUUUUUAUCAUUAACUCCCCUCAGAAGGUGCAAAAUCACAUUCACAUUAUGCAAAAGUUAUUUGGCUUUGCAUUGGCGGCUUGCACUAAAGAAAUUAUAAAGAAAUUAUUUUGGUUCAAACAAUUCUGGAAAAAACUUUUUCAAAAAUCUCAUUAUAAUAAUUUUUAUAAAUUUGCAAAAUCUAGCUUAAAAGGCAGUCUGUAUAGAUUUCUAUUUUAAUAAAACGACUCACGUGUAAACACAGUAUUAAUCAUUUAAAGUUUAAUAAAAGUUGAUUUUUUUACCCUGAAUUGUUUGAAGCGAGAAUAGUCACAUUGCUAGGGUUUCUAAUAAUUAUAAUAAUAAUAAUAUUUUGAAAAUUAUAUUUUAAACUCUAAAAUCAGAAUUUUUUGUAUGCAAUUUAUAUGUUUAUUUGCACCGUGAAGGAUCCAAACUUAUACGGUAACAAAUUUUGUAAGUAUAUCAUGAAUGAAUAUAAUUCUUUUUGUAUGCAACCGAGAGGCUGGGAUUUAGGUCAAGAAAACUUGAGCAACUGCUAAACAACUGGCAAGGUUAAAAUUUAAGCAAAGAUGGCCUAAACCUGAAUAAUCUUAUAAAAUAUAAAUAUUGUGCUGAGCAACUAUCAGACGGAACACAAAAUCUUGCCCUGAGUAACUAUGGCUGAAAUGAAAAACAGAGUUCUUAUAAAGACAAAGAUGUUGUUCUACAGUUAUUUCACAGGAUAGUUGUUAGUUCAAGACUUAAGAAAAAGUCUCCUAAGGGUAUGCCAUUUACAUUGGCUAUCUGUGGGCAAAUAUUGCUGCACAUGGUGUGGUGGGUUCGUCUCUGGCUCCCAGUUCUGGGGACUACAGAUCAAAUCCCACUUGCUGCGAGGCAGUGUGUUAGUGAUGCUCAAUUUAACUUCUUUGUUAUUUAAUAUUUUAUUGAUGAUAUUAAUUGACUUAUUUAGUGUAUAUUUGCAGAAUAAGUUGGUCUUGUUAGGCUUUCCAUUUAUGUUGCAAUUUUUUUUUGACAUUACAUCAAUAACCCUAGCUUGUACUUAAGUAUUUCAAAUCAUCUUUUAUGUGUCCCUUUAUGGAAUUCCUGAUAUGAUUGACUUAAAUAAUAUGUUCUAUUAACCACCUAGUAACAUAAUAAUAAAAAAAAGUCAAUAAGCAUAAGAGGCAUUUCAACUAGUAGCAGGACUGUUGUCUUCAAGUUUGUUCCUUAACGUGCCAAAAUUCAACAGCAUUAGUAAGCGAGUUAAUCUCAGCCUCAGGGAGUUCAUUGUAAGCAAACAGAAUGCAAAUAUAUUUGUAGAAAUUUAUGUCAUAGUGGAGUAUAAAAUGUGUCUUUCUUCAGGCUUUAUAUGUUAUUAUAUAAUUUUAAAUGGCUUAAAUAUAUUUAUUGGAUUUGUUUA